AUGGAGUGCCUCGCGGCGGGUCGACAUUCGUUCCUAAGGACGAGAAUAUCUUCUCGCCCUUUCUCAUAUAGAGCCGUCCCUCAUCUGACUUCGAAUCAAAAAAAUGCCUCCCUUCCCACCCUUCGGCGCAUGGCCCACAACCGACCGGACGCUCAUACCCAUGGUUCCUCGGAAGAAACCACCGAUCAUUCCCAAGCAUAUCCUUUAUCGGGGUACUACUCCUUGAUAUUGAAAUCACAAUCUCUUUACUCUGGUCAGGGAACCACCGCGCGACAAACCACCCCUCCUCCCGAGGACCAACCAGCGCCUAAGUCCAUCAGCGAAGCAAAGACCCCCCAAGAGAAGAUGUCUAUCGUAUUCGGUACACGUCUGGCUGGCCCUGGUCGUGAAUCUCGAUACAAUCCAGGCGAGAUGCCUCCGGAAUCUCAAUGGCAAACGAUCAACGGAGUGCCCAUUCCACCCCGCCCCGAAGAGCCCGAGAACUGCUGCAUGAGCGGCUGUGUACACUGCGUCUGGGAUGAUUUCCGAGAUGAGAUGGAAGAUUGGGCUGCUAGAGCUGCCAAGGCCAAGGCCAAGGGUAGUAUUGAGAAGGGAACUGAGGAUAUGCGCACCGCUCCUCGAGCAGAGGUUGACUCGGCCAGCCACAGCAUGGAUGAAGAUGGAGGUGGCAGUGAGGCCAAUUGGCCCGCGCCAAGUCAAGACGAGGACUUAUUUGCCAACAUUCCUGUUGGUAUCCGAGAGUUCAUGAAGACGGAAAAGAGGCUUCGAGUGAAGCACCAGAAAGAAGCAACGGCUUAG